AUGCUUGGCUUGAACGAGACAAGCCCCGGCCAUCGCAUGAUUGAAGAUGCCCUCGCUACCGAGGAGAUUCGGAAAUUGUACGAGGUCUGCGUAUCUGCCGCUGAAGAAGACGGCAAUAGGUAUAUCAGUGCCAAGUCAGUGCUGGAAUCAUCUCAAAUCAUUGCUGAGAGAAUGAAGCUUGUGCCCGACAAGCAAAAUUUGGACGAAACAGUGAGAUACUCGAUAUGCGCUCUGGGAGAGUACUUCUCCACAGGGCUAUUUCAAGCUAUUGUGCUAUCAAAACCCAAGGUAGACGUUCCUAUUGUAGGAUUUAGCUGGCAUCAAAAUUACAUGCGAUCUGGAGGCACCAUGGACAAACAAAUGCUCCAACAAGGAUGGUGCCCAAGCGAGAUUGAAAAGCUACGGUCUCAAUUUACUGGACUGAAUACGAUGCACCAUAUAGCACAGUUACAGAGGCCGAAUGCUAACCAAGAUCAUUCGAACUGUACUCGUCAUUUAUGCACAGCUUUCCAGAUGGAUAUAGAGACCUAUAAGCCCUCACAUCUAUCUGAUGGCUGUAGCUGUGACCUCAUUGGCAUUGACGGGAGAGCGACGUCUUUAAUUCUCCGUAGUACGGAUACUUAUCCCAUCAUACGCUUUGACCAGAUCGGAGAUGGAGUAGAUGAUUUUGAGCUGGUGGUGGAACCGUACGAGCCGGGCGUCCCAUAUGUCGCCCUUUCUCAUGUUUGGGCCAAUGGCUUGGGUAACCCAAAGGCCAACUCUCUGCCGAGGUGCCAGAUAAAACAUGUAGCUCAAUUAAUAGCUUCGAUGCAGACCGAGGCAGAGACUGGAGAUGCAGAAUACAGGACCCAAUACCGAAUGUGGAUUGACACACUUUGCUGCCCUGUUGAGCUUGGAGGUAAACUGAUUGCACUCGAGAGAAUUGCCAGUGUGUACCUAAAUGCAGCUCACGUUCUUGUUCUUGACGCUUCUUUGACCGGAUUCGAUCCUCAGGACACCCAUCCGGCGGAGUUGAUGUUGCGCGUGUACGGAGCAUCUCCCUGGAUGAGACGUCUAUGGACUCUUCAAGAGGGGGCACUGACAAAAAGCCUAUACAUACAAUUUGCCGAUAAAGCUAUGAAUGCCUAUGCCUUGCUCGUUAAACUCUGGACCGAGGCCAAUAACGAUCCGCGUUACAUGAAAAUAUGGCAAGAUAUCGUGGGUGCAUACAAUGAACUUCAGGGCUUUUUCAGUGGAAGAGAGGGCCCGACCACCAACCAGUCGCCGCUCAUUACCCUCCAACGAGCACUACAGUUCCGGACGGUCUCUGUGGCAUCUGAUGAACCGCUCUGUAUCUCUACUUUGAUGAAGCUCGACACAAAAUACAUUGCUGCAGCUCCGGAUGCCGAAACCCGAAUGGCUCGCGUCUGGGAAUUAAUAUACAAGUCGCAGGGCGGCCUUCCCAGUCGAGUCAUAUUCUAUGCAGAUGAACUGUUAAGCAUACCCGGGUGGCGCUGGGCUCCUCGAAGUUUAUUGGGCUCGGCCGUUCAGGACCCUGUCUUGGGAGUGGACGAGCGCGUGUUACGCUUGGUUGGAGAUGAGGGCAUCCCGACUCCCUUAGGCCUAAAAGUCGCUCUACCAGGAUGUCGUCUUCUUCCACGCCCUCUGGUAGCCGGGCUCCCCUUGCAUCCCUGGCCUGGGGCCAUUAAUGCCACGGAAGACCAAAUUAUUCUUCAGGAUACAAGAAGCGGGAAAUGGUAUCGAAUAAUGGAUUGGUACCGCAGCAAGAAAAUUGCGUCCUGGACAGCCGAGGAGUUGUCAGCUUUUGACAGAGAGCAAAACUAUCCUCUCUGUAGAGAGAUAGAUUCCGGCAAAUGCGUGUUGAUUUAUGACGAAAAAUCGAUGGUUGAUGGGACAGUAAUGACAUGCAUGGGUCAGAUCGAAGAGGUUGGGGAAGAUUUUGAACACGCCUCGAUUACAUCUGCAGAACUUCAAGCUGGUCUAAGAAUUCAUCGAACAAGGGCCGUGAUCAUGUCGGCUCUCGGCGAUGACGAAAUACGAAUGAUGAUGGCUUUCAGGGAUAUGGCCAGGGUGGUAGCAAUGGAUCAAGAAACGUCUAAUCUACAAGCGAUCGAGGAUCGUGAAAGCGAGGACUGGAAGACAUGCAUGGCCAAGGUCAAGGACAAGAUGAAAGAGGUCGUGGCGGAAACAUGGAAAUCCAGGCCAGAGGUAAGACAAACGGUUGAAGACACCAUCGGCCUUGAUAUGGAGGAGUACAUGUGGGCUUUUAUUCCCAAGGUAUUUUCUCACGAUGUCAUGGUGGAGGAGACGCCAAGCGAUCAGCUUUGGUUCGUCGAUUAG